GCGGUGUGGUGGCUAUGGCUGUGGCUGUGGCAAUGGUGGCGAUACUCUCGUGCGGGGCGGUGGUGGUGGCAAGUGAAGCGGUCGGCCGGUCGCAGCCGCAGGCUCUGCAUCUGGCACUGGGCAACUCAGCGGAUGCGUAUGUAGUCUCGUGGCUCACGCUCGAUGAGACUCGUACGAGUACGGUCAAGUAUGGAACGGCACCUGGGGCGUUGGACAAGAUUGCGACCGGAUCGGCGAGGAUCUACGACCAUGUUGGCGGCGGAUUCAACCACUUUGUCACGCUUGACGCGCUUCCUGCCAACGCCAAGAUCUACUACUUGGUGGGUGAUGCAGAAGGUGGCUUCUCGGACGUGUUCUUCUUUGAGACUCGGCGGGCCGAGGCUGGUAAGGCACCGAUGACCUUCGCCAUCUACGGUGAUCUCGGGCUUGACAAGGGCGAGCCGUCGAUUGCCGCCAUCAACAGCCACGGGGCGCAGGGCGAGUACGACUUUGUGCUCCACCUCGGCGACAUUUCGUAUGCCAACGAUGCCAUCAUCUCGCACAACUCGACCCACGACUACGAGGAAAUCUGGCGCGACUGGUUUGCUGCGCUCGCGCCGACGAUGACCCGCACGCCGUACAUGGUCAUGCCGGGCAACCACGAGUCGUGGUCGCGGUCGCCGCUCUCGGGCAUCCAGACCUUCAACUUUACCGUCUACAAGUACAAGUUUCAGAUGCCCGGCGCCGCCGCCGGCUCGGACACCUCGAUGUUCUACUCGUUCGACUAUGGCCUCGUCCACUUUAUUGCGCUCUCGACCGAGACCGACUACGACGGCCACCCCAUCGAUUUUUACGUCAAGCAGUACAAGCAGGUCAACUGGCUCCGUGCCGACCUGGCCAAGGCCGCCGCCAACCGCGCCAACGUGCCGUGGAUCAUCGUCAUGGGCCACCGCCCUGUCUACUGCACCGGCUCGCCCUACUCCAAGGACUCGGUUCCGACCGAAAACUCGGCCACCCUUCAGGCCUGGCUCGAGCCGCUCUUCAAGGAGUACCGCGUCGACGCCUACGUCUCUGGUCACGCCCAUCGCUACGAGCGCCAGUUCCCGACCUACCGCAACCAGCCGACGUCGCGCUCGUACACCGCGCCCGGCGGCACCGUCUAUCUUGUUUCGGGCGGCGCAGGCAAUGUCGAGGGCCACUCAUCCGGCGGCGCCGACGCCGUCUGGACCGCCUACAAGAACAUCACAGACUUUGGCUACUCGACCAUGACUGUCGUCAACGCCACCCAUCUCGAGUGGCAAUGGCGGGUUUCGGCCACCGAUGAGCUCGCUGACGCCAUCACCAUUGUCUCGGAUCACGACUGGUGAUGCGCUGUCGUGCCUGGCCGCGUAAACACCUUCUUCUUUACGCUUCGCUAGUGCUCCUGGUUGUAGAUGUGCGAAAUGGCCGACGCCACGAUGCCCUCCGCCGCCUCGACCGCAGACCCAAACGGCGCCUCCUGGAUGUGCAGCUCGCCCGAGCCGUCCGAGUUGAGGAAUCGCCAUGCCCUCGUCGUUACGUCUGGAUGAGCACCCACGCACAUGGACGCCAGCGCAUCGUCGCCAGCCUGCAUCAGCG